GCAGACCAAUAAAACCAACCAGGGAUCAACAUCGCCGCCGGCCACAAACUACGGGAAGUUAUGGCGUCUACCGCUUCCGGUGACGAGAAGACCGAUAGGGAGGAGCAAGAAGAGGCUUUGGUCGCUUUGAUCGAACAUCGCGCCAAAGAAGUUGAUCAUCUUCGUACGCGUGUUGCUUAUUAUAAGUCCGAGCUUGAUGAAUCUGAGAAGAGGUUGGAGGAAACACAACGUAAAUUGGCGCGCCUUCGAAGUCGAGGCAAUGCUGUAUCAUCUACAAAAUUUUCUGAAAAUGGUAUAAAAGUAAAAGAAGAGAGGAGAUCGUGCAGUCCUUUAAAGAUCAGUGAACAUUCUUUACCGAACCAUGCUGAUAGAGGUAAUGCGAACUCCUACAAGAGCUACACGCCGGAUCAUCCUAGAAUUGCAAAACAUGAGCAGAGGCCACAGCUUGUUAUUCCUGCCGUGGAUCCGAAACAAUCUGCACUGACCAAAAUGGCAGAAACCAGCAGUAAACCUUCAAGUGACUUCAGCUCUCGGCCCAGCACAUCAGUUCCAACAUAUGGCAAAAGCAUGGUGAAAGAAAAAGGAUAUAGAAUCCCACCUGAACAGGAAGGUGUUGAGACACAAUCCAGAGGGACAAAAAGGAAAUUUGAGCAGCGUGAACACAGAGAUAUAAUUCAGAUGGUAAACAGUUCAUCUUCACCACGCACAAUCAAUUGCCGGUCGUCCAACCACAUCUCAUGCCAGCAUAAGAGAAAGUUGAGAAGUCUUGCCUUGUGUCCUACGAAUGAUCAGCUUUUUGUGACUAGUGCUUUGGAUGGACUUGUAAAUCUAUGGCAAAUUCAGUCUAGAGGGUCAAGUGCAAGUCUUCUAAGUACAGCCGAUUGUGCAUCUACCAAACAUAGGAGAUGGCCAGAAGAUAUAGCUUGGCAUCCACAUGGAGGCAGCUUGUUCUCUGUCUACAGUGCUGAUGGUGGGGACUCUCAGGUAGCAGUCCUCAACCUGAAUAAAGGAAAAGAGAAGAAGCGUGUAACUUUCUUAGAAGACAAACCACAUGUAAAGGGUAUUAUCAACAACAUAGUGUUCAUGCCAUGGGAAGACGUUUGUUUUGUGACUGGUGGAAGUGAUCAUGCUGUUGUUCAAUGGACCGAGAAAAAUGGGGAGGACUCAUGGAAACCGAAAGUGUUGCAUAGAAGCAUGCAUUCUUCAGCUGUAAUGGGAGUUGCGGGGAUGCAACAAAAGCAGAUGGUAGUCUCUGUUGGUGCAGAUAAGAGGAUCAUCGGGUUCGAUUUACAAACCGGAAGAGCUGAUUACAAGCAUCAGAUAGAAAGCAAGUGUAUGAGCGUUCUACCAAAUCCUUGCGACUUCAAUCUUUUUAUGGUUCAAACCAGUACUCCACAAAGGCAGCUUCGACUUUUCGAUAUCAGGUUACGGCGAACGGAAAUCCACGAAUUCGGUUGGAAGCAAGAAAGCAGCGAGUCUCAAUCCGCCUUAAUCAACCAGACAUGGUCCCCAGAUGGCUUCUAUCUAACCUCCGGUUCAGCCGACCCAAUGAUCCACAUCUUUGACAUCCGGUUUAACGCUAACAAACCCUCCCAGUCCAUCCGAGCUCACCAAAAACGAGUCUUCAAAGCCUCGUGGCACCACUCUCUCCCCCUCCUCAUUUCCAUAUCCUCAGAUCUCAAUAUCGGAUUACACAAUAUUGUAUAAAAACCAAAACCCGACCACCCAAGUUAACCGUGCUCCCCCCCCACCCAUCUUGCUCAGCUUUUUCGUGGUUACAUCAUCUUUCCUUGUAUGAUCGUUAAGAACUUCUUCCGUACAUGGUUCUUGUCGGAAAGCUUUGGCUUCUAGUUUUUAUUCUGAAGCGGUUUUGGUUGCGGACGAGCGACGACCGAAGUAGACGACACAACGUUCGAGUUAACCAAGAAACAACACAGUUUUGUGAUCUGAGGAGGUAAAAUGCAUACAGUUUUUAGGGCUUUUGUUAAGUGCAAUGUUGUUUGGUAGACAUUCUUAAAAAUAUGUGGGUAUCUGCUAUUUUUCAUGCAUGAAUACAUAGAUAAUUACCAUCGUUUAUUUGAUAUUAGACUUAUGCUGAAGUCAGGGGUUUUAACGGAAACAAAUACUUUUUAAGGUAGAUGACAUGUCUGCUUACAUCUCAUCUUCCGGAUCCUACUUUUAACUGAAAUACACCGAGUUUGUUUAACCUUGGUGGGUUUAUUUUACGGUUUGGAGAGAACAAAUUUUGUUUUGGUUUCGGGAUAGAAUUUAUCUGUCGGGGUCGGUUUAAAUAAG